GGAAACAACCUGACUGACAGGAAAAAAAAAUCUGUUUCUUGCACGUUUGUAUGAGAAAAAGUAGACGAUGAACCGUCUAACUUUCCGCGAGCUUGCUGAUGUGCAUCUAGUUUAUGGAGCUACAGGCAGCAAUGCAUUGGCGGCUCAGCGCUUGUACGCUCAGCGAUUUCCACAGCGUGACCAGGUAGACCGCAGCGUCUUUGUAAAUGUCGACCGCACACUACGGGAAACGGGAUCAUUUCAAGUACAGCAGGAGCGAGGACGACUGCGUCUAGCACGUGAUGGACUUGAAGAUGCUGUAAUGGCACGUAUUGCCGACAAUCCCCAAAAGAGCAUUCGUCAGGUCGCUUCCGAAGUGGGUUGCAGCCACGGGACGGUAUGGAAUAUCUUUCACGACAACAAUUUACACCCAUUUAAAUUGAAGAAAGUUCAACAUCUCUUUCCUGACGAUCCCCCUCGGCGCCUUCACUACUGCCAGUGGUUAAACCAACGCAUUUGGGAAAAUCCUGAUUUCCUGCGGUAUGUUUGUUCCACCGACGAAAAGGGCUUUUCUAGAGAAGGUAUGUUCAACGCCCACAACAACCACUUCUGGUCGGAAGAGAACCCGCAUGUCAUGCAUGUCCGAGGAUAUCAAAAGAAGUUUUUUGUUAAUGUUUGGGCUGGCAUUGUCGGCGACCACUUGCUUGGUCCAUACGUUCUACCCGCCCGCUUGAAUGCAGAAAAUUAUUUGAUAUUUCUCCAAGGCCAGUUACAGGAAUAUUUUGAAGAUUUGCCCCUACAGAUUAUUAAUAACAUGUGGUGGCAGCACGAUGGUUGUCCUCGCACUGGCCAAGGCUGA